CUUCAAUUGUGCUUUUGUGCUUGCUGCUUGUUGGUCCGCUAGACAAAGUACCAAACUCUACUAAAUUUGGUGCAUCAGUCUUCUAUUUGGUCACGGUCCUCGAAAAAAAAAAAAGAAGAAAAAAUAAGAUAAAAAAAUACCUAACCUACAACAUUCGACUCCGGCGUCACCUGAACAGCACAGAAAGAGAACCAUCAGCUCUAGCCUCCGCGAGCUGAAAAGGUACUUGUUUCACGUGUGCAUCUUACCCUUCUCGAGCGUUCAUAUCAUGAUCACCUCGGAUUUAUAGUCCUAUUAGUCCUAUUAGUCCUAUUAGACAUAAUUUGGGGAUUAAUCCCGCCACCUGCGUAGUUGUACCUAUUCUCUGUCUCUUUUACGGUUUCUUCAUCUCCACCCCUCCUUUCUACCUCGUGCCCUGUUACGCCUUACUUUGGUUAGAGGUCUGGUGGCUUGGCUAGAGCUCCUAGGACCUAGGUUAGCCCUUUGUAACCUCGACGUCCCAGGGACCGACCACUUUUUUAUCGACUUAUUUCAUACGUCAACUUCAAGUCGAGUUUGUUCACGCUGUCAACAUGGCUCCCGAUCUUAAUUCACUUCCACCGUCAUCACCGUCAGCAAGACCACGCAUCAUGACCUCUUCAAACGGCAACGGUGACUCUGCUAUACGCGGAGAGUCAGCAUCACCUUCUCCUCGUUCUGCUUCUAUAUCAUUGCAAGCAGCUGCAACUAUGAAUGCCGGCCUCCAGCACGAACCAACGCGACGCUCUUCGAGCAGCUCUCUAUCACGAAAUAGACAAUCACCGCAAAUGGGACGACGGCGCUCCACGGUCCUAAUGAACCUACAACUCAACGAUCCAUCCCUCCCGGGUCCAGGUGAAAUGGUUACGGAGAGUGGUAGCAGCGGACACAGCGCCACAAGCCCACAGCCGAUCUCUGCGUCACCCCUCCUCACCGGAGGCGAUCCCCACCAUAAUAGAGCCCCAAGCUUGGGAGAGUUACAUCAGGAGCUUGAGGCAGAGCAGGAAGCACAAGUGAACCGCCUCUUACAGAUGAUCCGUCAGCAACAACUCCAACUACAGCAGCUUCAAGCUGCCCAAGGCCAAUCCCAGACGAGCGUAGCCGCCGAAGAUCCAACACCUACCUCGGAGAGAUCUAGCUCUAUGAUGCUUCCCAACGUUCCUCAACCACCUUUCUCGGCCCCCUCCACUUCGGUUCCUCGCUCACCGGUUUUGUCGCAUCCGCGUUCGUCCUUUGACAUAGCUCGCGACGCCCUUCACCGCAGAUCCAGAACACCGAGCCGUGGCGCGCCCUCGCCUAGGAUGAGAUCGACGUCGAUCAGCGCAGAAAGUGGAGAGCCGCUUCUUUCCGGAGUUCGCGACGAGAGCGCCUAUUACCAAGCCGAAACUCAGUCUCUGGUUCGCGAGAACCAGAUGCUGCGCCAUAGAAUUCGUGAACUAGAACGCCAACUUAGCGAGGCUCAUGCUGGUGCGUCCCUAACAAGAGAGCCAACGCAUCAUUCACAUCUCACACAGUCUACUUCAGCGUCCGAGGAAGAUUCUGCAGCAGGCUCAUCUUCUACCGCGCCUACUGCUGCGUCGGCUAUCGUCGCUCAACCCGUUGCGGCUUCAGAAAGUGUUAAGGAUGAUUAAGGGGCUCGAACUAUGUUUUGUAAACUCAUAAUGUAUUCCGGCGUUCGGUUAUUCCACUCUCCACAGGCACAGGCAAGUCGGACCGUUUUCUGCGAUGGUUUUAAGCAAAAAUAUCUCGGCGGCGUUGUUGGAGGUUACAGGGUCGGGGCAUUAGGGAAAGAGGGAUACGACUCUACGAAACAUGGCGUAUUACAACUGUUUCUGGUAUUGUCCGUCAAUACAUUACGGACCUUUUUUAGCAUCAGUGAAAAUUCUUUUUUCCCCUCUUUUCCUCGGGAUGGGGUUAAGAUAUGCGUACAUUUUGCUCGGACCUCAUAGAUUCUGAUUGCAUGUGAUGCGAAUCACGGGACUUUGUACUUGAAGUCUAAAGUUUUGAGAAUAUCAUGCGAUGUGCUAGAUUCGACUAUGAUUGUUCUAAGGAUUACCAAGUAAUAUCAGUAUUUUUAUUC